GGUUUCCCCGGAAGUGGGAGUGGCUUGUUGUCGGUUUCGUGUGCACUUGUUGUGCGGAUGCCGGAGAGCAGAAAUUAGCCAAAAUAAACUGAUGUUAUUUGUCUGUGAGCUUCAGACAGUCUGUGAUUUAAUGCUGUGGAAUAAAGUUCUGGCUUUAAUGUGACAGCUGAACAAGUUACAAACUGAUAAGAGGAGAGCAGGAUGGAGGAGAGCGAUCGACACAAAUCUGUCCUGGAUGAGUUGACAGCAGACGGCAUUAACAUCGAGGAUGUGCAGUAUUUGACUCUGAGGGAGGAUCUGGAAUCUGAUGCUCAGGAUUUUGAAGCUCCCACAUGGAGUUUAGCUGUAGAUCCGGAGUAUGUGAAGAACUUCUCUAAAGAAGUAGUUAAGAGACAAGACGUCAUUCACGAGUUGAUCCAGACGGAGAUAAACCACGUGCGGACCCUGAAACUCAUGGUGUUCGUGUAUCUACGUGAGCUGCGCGACUCGCUGCUGAUGGACGAGUCUCAGCUCGAGCGCCUUUUCCCUCGUCUAGACUGUUUACUGCAGGAACAUCAGCACUUCCUGCAGAGACUGAAAAACCGGCGCAGAGAGUGUCUGGAGACAGGAAGUGAGAAAAACUACUUCAUCACUAACAUAGGAGAUGUCCUUAUCACUCAGUUCUCAGAUGAACUCAGAAACAGGCUGGAGAACAGUUACGGUGUUUUCUGCAGUCGUCACACAGAGACGGGGAAUUUAUACAAAGAACAACUUCAGACUAAUAAAAAGUUUCAGAAUCUGAUCAAAAGAAUCGGUCAGCUGUCCAUCAUGAGGAGACUGGGCAUUCCUGAGGGCAUUCUGCUCAUCACGCAGCGCAUCACUAAAUACCCGGUCCUGGUAGAGCGCAUUAUUAAAAACACUGAAGGGGGGACACAGGAGUACGCUGAUCUGGUAAACGCUCUGGAGUGCAUUAAGGACACCAUCUCCACCGUGGACACGCAGGUCCAUCAGUAUGAGCAGCUGCGGGAAAUCGCCGCUCACCUCGAGCCCAAAUCCUACGGCAGGAUGGGCAACGGCAAGAUUGUCCGCCGAGAAGAUCUGCUCCAGAAGGACAGGAGGCUGCUGAGAGAGGGAGUGCUGACGUGGAGGCCUCAGAACAGGUCCAAAGCGUUGGACAUCAUUGUGGUUCUGCUGCCUGACUUACUGCUGCUGCUCCAGGCCAAAGAUCAGAAAUACAUAUUUGCUUCUCUGGAUGGGAAGCCUGCAGUUCUUCCCCUGCAGAAGCUGAUUGUGAGGGAAGCAGCUCACAGUGACAGGGUUCUGUAUCUGAUCUCGGCGUCUGAUGUCCAGCCUGAUAUGUACGAACUUCACACCUCAACAGCUGAAGAACGAAGCAGCUGGAGACUGAAGAUAUGGGAAACUAUUGAGAAAUGUCCACACAUGGAGGAAAAGCUGAUGGAGCAUGAAGAUAUUUAUCCUAAUAAACUUCGGGAAGUUCAUGACCAGUUAUAUGAGAAGGACGCUCAGAUCGAGGAGAUCCUCCGGCAAAAGCUGCAAAUAAUUUCUGACCUGUCAGAGGUUCAGACCGAUAACCCAACUACACUGAGACGCCUGCUGCUGAAAGGUUCUGCUCCUGAGCUCCAACAGGGGGAGCUGUUGAUCAACAACGCCAUUAUACAGGCUGAGAAUUUACAGGUGCAGUUGAUUCAAGGAGAGAUGAACUUUAUUCUUCCAUCUGGAGAAAGUGAUGUGAAGCUCCACAUAAAAUCACAAACAUUGCCUGCGUUCAACAGAAUGUCAAAGAGUGGUGAUGGAUUUCGGUCCAGAGAUCAAAGACCAAACUCAGAUCCUCAUCUGCGAGACCUUUAUCUCAAUCCCUUGGAAUUAUCUGUGUGUAACAUAUCUGUCUCUCUCUCUCUAUGGAGAAGGAACGAAACGAAUCGGUGUGUGUGUUUCUGUGUGUGUGUGUGUGUGUGUGUGUGUGUGUGUGUGUGUGUAUUUCCCCAGUGGAUUGAGACAGCAGAUAAACUGAUAAGGACACUGUACAGCCUGAAGGCACUGGUCUCCCAGCAGGACAGUGAGUUGGAGGUUCUGCGUGCGGCUCAGUCGGAGCAUGAGCGUUCGUCUCGUCAGCGUUUCAGCUCCAUCCAGGAUCAGGAGCGACAGCGGCACCUGGAGAAGCAGCGUGAGGAGCUCCUCCACCUGCAGAAGGUCCACAUACAGCAGCAGCAGGAGCAGGAAUCCUGGGCUCGUGAGCGUCAGCGUCACCUUCUGAAAAUGCACGAGCUCGAGCAGGAACUGAAGCACCGCAUGGAAGAGUGUACCAAUAAGGAGGCGUGGCUCUGUGCCGAGAGGGACGUCCUGAGCCGGAGCCGAGAUGAGUACCAGCAGGACCUGGAGCGUCUGAGGGAAAGUGCCAUCACUGUGGAAAAAGAAAGGGAGAAACUGGCGCAGGAGAGAAGACGAAUCAACAAACACAAGAACAUCACCAACCCUGGAGCCUCACAACUGGGUGGAGUCUCACAACUGGACAAUGCACAUGUACCAAAACUGCCCAUUCCGUACUCAUCACCUGACGAUAUACUCAGCACCAGUUCCCUCGUACAGCACAGUCCGUCUCGUGUGCGCCCUCCGCUGGUCCCCCCUCGUAAAGAGAGCAUCAGCGUCACAGCGAGCGUUAAAGCAGACGUCCCCAUCCAGCUGCUGAGCACCACCAACGAGUCGCUAAAGUCCAGCAGCAUCCAACAGCAGAUCCCAACUAAACUCGCAAUUAGCAAAGGGAAGGAGAAGAACAAAAGGAAGAGUUCACAUCAUCGCACCAAUAGUGCAGCUACAAUAGAAUUUUCGGAGGUUUUUCCCAUUAAAGCGUCAGGAAAAGAAGGAGGAAGUUUACGAGCAAUGAAGACCACAAAACCACACACACUCACUGCAGAUGUUCCUCUGGAACACACUCUGAACUCUAAACCUUCACAAUCAGUAAACGUUUCCCAAAAAGCUGCUCAUCUGCAGAACCACCAGAGAACCAAGAACUGCAACCAGGAGGACGUCGUCUUCUUUUAGGUCUUCACCGUGGAUCAUCUCUGAACAUGAACACACUCAAGACUUUACACAGCUUUAAAAAACAAUGAAUAGAAUUUCUGUGGCUUUAAGAAAAAAGAAGGAAAUGAAUUUUAAUGUUUUUAAUAUUUUAUUCCCUUACUACUGUUUUCCAGCACUUUCAAAAAAGUGUGUGUGUGUGUGUGUGUGUGUGUGUGAUUCAUCCACAAAAAAAGGGUAAAGUUUCAGAUCAAAGUGCUUUUUUUUUUUUAAUAAUUUGUAAAUUUGAACUCAUUUUGGGGAAUUUAGAAUGUUUCAGAAUCAGAAGUUUUAUUAUUCUGUAAAUGUUUAUUUUAUUAAAACACCAAAACUUUUAAAAUCCUGUUAAAAAACAAUCAGUUGGAGAUUUUGUGGAGAACCUUUUAAUUGUUUUUAUUCUUUUAUUGAUUCUGAAAAAAGGGACAUUGGACACCAAAAGUUUUGGGUUUUUUAAAUAAAAGGGAGAAACUGA